AUGCUUACCGAGUCCUCCUUGAUGGAAGCAGACAAUGCCAUCUACGAGCCCUCCGUUGCCCACGGCAGCACCAGCGUGCACGCGCCUCGCCAUCACCACACCCACACCCAUCAAGCACAUCAGCAGCACAGCUCUGCCUCGCACCCGCACUCGUCGCCACUUGGUUUUCUCACGCAUGAUGUGGAAGAGGAUCCGCCGCUGCACGAGCACACGACCAGCGUCAACCGUAGUUACUCGGACCUCCAUCAAGGUGCCUUCCUAUGCUACGCGUUCGGACUGUGCGCGCUCCGUACGGCGCUUCAGCAUCCGAUGAGCCUAGCUCUUGCUCGGAAGCAGACAAGCGCCGCAGCGAACAAGAUGACUACAUGGGGCGUCCUCUCACACAUCUUCGAGCACGAAGGACGCUGGCGCGGCCUCCUGCAGGGCAUCGGCUCCCUCUCGAUGGGCUGCGCACUCAGCGAGGUUAUUUACCUGUGCAUUUUCGAGUGGGCCCGCGAGCAGGUACCCAUCGACAGCACUGCGACGCGCGACGCCGUCUCCGGGUACGUUGCCGACGUCAUGUGUCGCUCCGUGCACAUCCCACUUAGCAUAAUUGCGUACCGCCAGAUGACAGCGUCCCCGUCGCGGCGCAUGAACUCGUGGCGAACGCUGCAGCACAUGUACUCGGAGCGCGGCCUACGCACGGUGUUCGCCGGCCUCGGCACAACCCUAGUCGUCGGGUGCCAGUGGACAGCCAUAUGGUGGGCAAUGUAUGGUCAGCUGAAAAACUUCCUCUACGACACCUCUGGGCCGCAUCUGCAGCGCCUCUCUGAGAAGAGCAAGGCGUCCCAGCGAGGGGGCGACGCAACGGACGGUGGAUGGCGUCUGCCGAGCUGGUGCACCUCCUCCGACGACAACGUCCUCAUCAACGGUGCUGCCUCCGUCACGGCGAGCGCGGCCACCGCAGUGCUCUUCAAUCCCUAUCUGGUGGUGCGAACAAAUCUGCAGGUGACCCCCGGAGCUACGCUGUGGUCCGUGACUCGGCAGCUGCACCGCAGGUGCGGUUUCCGUGGCUUCUACAGCGGGCUGCUGCUGAGCGUGAACGCAUGUGUUGUGGAUGGUGUCUUGGCGUCGACCAGCUACGAGUAUGCGAAGCUGUGGGCCGACCGCACUCGGGAUGGCCAUGCCAGAUAG